AUGGCAAACUUUUCUGUGGAGUGCCUUGCCAAGAGUUAUUAUGAAGAGAUGACUCCUCAGACAAAGGAUGCUGCGCUUCAUUCAAAAGAUCUUGGAGAAAUGGAAGAAUUCACAAAAGAAUCAAGAAGUCAGUAUUCUUCAACGUCGCCAAACAACAGUUGUGGCAACUCUUCUGGGUCUGAGAGCGAAGUGGGAGAUGACAGCGAAGGGGAAGCGACCCAGCAGAGGAGGUUGAGGACCAAGUUUACUUCAGAGCAAAUUAGCAAACUGGAGAAUACUUUCAGCAAGCAAAAAUACCUGGGCGCUACACAGAGGAGGAAAAUUGCGGAGGAGCUGAACCUUUCUGAAACUCAAGUGAAAACGUGGUUCCAGAACAGGAGGAUGAAACUGAAACGGGAGGUUCAGGACAGGCGUACGGAGUUUCUGACAGUGCAGACCGCUCUCCUGUCCCCGAUGCUGUUUCAGCACCCCUUCUUGAGUGGACAGCUCCCCGGCAGCUGCGGCUUCUACCCGCAGUUGCAGCCGCUCCACAGGACGGCGCUCCCCGGUCCUCUGCACCAGCACCGCUCCCACCCUGUUAUCCUACCACCGACAAACUUCUUCUGA